CGGACGGCUCCGGGGACAGUCGCAUCGCCGCCCAGGGAGCGAGCUCGGAGCGUGAGCGGCGGCCACUCCCGGGCCCGGAGCGCGAGGCAGAGCAGACCGAGCCGCCGCCAUGACCCACUUCAACAAGGGCCCGUCCUACGGGCUCUCGGCCGAGGGUCAAGAACAAGAUCGCGUCCAAGUACGACCCGCAGGCGGAGGAGGACCUGCGCGGCUGGAUCGAGGAGGUGACGGGCAUGAGCAUCGGCACCAGCUUCCAGCUGGGCCUCAAGGACGGCAUCAUCCUCUGCGAGCUCAUCAACAAGCUCCAGCCGGGCUCCGUGAAGAAGGUCAACGAGUCCUCGCUGAACUGGCCGCAGUUAGAGAACAUCGGCAACUUCAUCAAGGCCAUCCAGGCGUACGGCAUGAAGCCUCACGACAUCUUCGAGGCCAACGACCUGUUUGAGAACGGGAACAUGACGCAGGUGCAGACCACACUGGUGGCGCUGGCCGGCCUGGCCAAGACCAAAGGCUUCCACACCACCAUCGACAUCGGCGUGAAGUACGCCGAGAAGCAGACGCGGCGCUUCGACGAGGGCAAGCUGAAGGCCGGCCAGAGCGUCAUCGGGCUGCAGAUGGGGACCAACAAGUGCGCCAGCCAGGCGGGCAUGACCGCCUACGGGACCAGGAGGCACCUGUACGACCCCAAGAUGCAGACGGACAAGCCCUUCGACCAGACCACCAUCAGCCUGCAGAUGGGCACCAACAAGGGGGCCAGCCAGGCGGGCAUGCUGGCGCCGGGCACCCGGAGGGACAUCUACGACCAGAAGCUCACGCUGCAGCCCGUGGACAGCUCCACCAUCUCGCUGCAGAUGGGCACCAACAAGGUGGCCUCGCAGAAGGGCAUGAGCGUGUACGGGCUCGGGCGGCAGGUCUACGACCCCAAGUACUGCGCCGCGCCCACCGAGCCCGUCCUGCGCAACGGCAGCCAGGGCACCGGCACCAACGGCUCCGAGGUCAGCGACAGCGACUCGCAGGCCGAGUUCCCCGACGAGUACGCCGGCGGGUUCCCCGACGACGCCCGCGAGUACCCGUACGGCGACCCCGGCCUGGAUUACUAGGCGCCGCCCCGGGCCGGCCGUCCUGGGUGCCGCCGCUCCGCCGAGCCCUAGCGCGCUUCCCGCUCCUGCCCCCGCCGCCCGCCUCCACCCCGAGCGGACGGCGCGGGCGGUCCCUCUGGCAGACCCGCCUCCUCACAUCCUUCGGAACCGUCCGCAAGCGUAGGAGCCUCCCCCAGCUAGUGUCCGGCUCCUCCAGACUGACCCGCGCUCAGCGCCCCGUCGCCGACGGGGGGCGGGCGGCCUCGCUCGGCGCCGCCCGGCGGCUCCCCCUGCGGGCGUCUCGGGGGCGUUGCCCUGGCGCCGGGCGCGGGGCCUGGCCGGCGUGUGCCCGUCCCUCGUGCCAGCGUAGCGGUGUAGACUCGCGCUGUCUCACUGUAUUUAUUGCUGCGUUUCUCAGCGUAAACUUAUCCCAGUGUAUUUUUUAUAAAUAAAUAUUUUUUGAACAUU